GCCGGCGGUGGCGGCGGGCGAUGGCGGCGGAGCGCGGCCGGGGCGGCCCCCGGAGGCGGCGGGUGCUGCUGCGACGGCGGCGGCGGUGGUGGUGGUGAGCGGCGGUGGUGGAGCUGGUGGUGGUGGUAGUGGCGGCGGCGAUGCGCGUCGCUCCCGGCGACGAUGGAGGACCGGUCCCACAAGGUGCUCCUGGCGCUGGUGAUGCUCUUCCUCUUCGCCGUGAUCGUGCUGCAGUACGUCUGCCCGGGCACCGAGUGCCAGCUCCUGCGGCUCCGCACCCUCAGCCCCGCCGCCGCUGCCGACCCGUACCGGGCGGAGGACGAGACGCCGGCGCGUUUCGUUCCCCGUUUCAAUUUCUCCAUCGACGACUUGCUGCGGCGGGUGGACUUCAACAUCAAGGGGGACGACCUGAUCGUCUUCCUGCACAUCCAGAAGACGGGCGGCACCACCUUCGGCCGGCACCUGGUCCGCAAUAUCCAGCUGGAGCAGCCCUGCGAGUGCCACGCCGGGCAGAAAAAGUGCACCUGCUACCGGCCCGGCAAGAGAGAGACCUGGCUCUUCUCCCGGUUCUCCACCGGCUGGAGCUGUGGGCUGCACGCCGACUGGACCGAGCUCACCAACUGCGUCCCUUCCGUGGUGGACAGCAAGAAGGAGAUGCGGCUCCGGCCCUCCAGGAAUUUCUACUACAUCACCAUCCUGCGUGACCCCGUCUCCCGGUACCUGAGUGAAUGGCGCCACGUGCAGCGAGGAGCAACGUGGAAAGCGUCCCUGCACGUCUGUGAUGGGCGCUCCCCGACCAGCGAGGAGCUGCCCAGCUGCUACACGGGGGAUGACUGGUCGGGCUGUUCCCUGCAGGAAUUCAUGGAUUGCCCUUACAACCUCGCUAACAACCGCCAGGUCCGCAUGCUCUCGGACCUGAGUCUGGUGGGAUGCUACAACCUGUCAGUCAUGCCCGAGGAGCAGAGAAACAAGGUUCUGCUCGACAGCGCCAAGGAGAACCUGAAGCAGAUGGCUUUCUUCGGGCUGACGGAAUUCCAGCGGAAGACUCAGUAUCUCUUUGAGAAGACUUUCAAGAUGAACUUCAUCUCCCCGUUCACGCAGUACAAUAGCACAAGGGCCUCCAGCGUGGAGCUGGAUGAGCAGACUCAGCAGCGCAUCAAGGCCCUCAAUUUUUUAGACGUGGAAUUGUACGAUUACGCAAAAGACCUCUUCCUGCAGCGCUACCAGUACAUGAGGCAGAAGGAGCACCAGGAGGCACGGCGGAAACGCCAGGAGCAGAGGAAAAUCCUGCGGGCCAGGCACGCACACCUGAGGGAGCAGAGCGAGAACGGCUCCAGCACGGACUACAUCGGGAAUGUGGAGCGGUGGCGGCGGUAGUGGGGGGGAUGGGUGGACAGAAAGAGGGAAGCAGAACCCAUCCCGACCCAACCCGCGCAUGGAGCGGUCCGAACCGAUAACGCUUCUGGAGGGUCUGAAGCAAAAAGAGGUUAAAAUGUUGCCUUUGCAGUUGCCUUUGCAGUAAAUGUUGUACUGUACGUGGAACACUUAAUCUUAGUGUGUAAUUAAAUUUGUCCUUUUUAGGUUUGUUGGAUUAUUUAUGAAAUACAGGAGCCAAGUUGGCUCGUUGGAAAUGGUUGGUUGGACGUUUAUUUAAAAGAAAAGAAAAAAUAAUAAUCCAUAAAUUAGUCAUGAGUACAAAAUGGGAUGCUGGAAAAUGUUCAUGAUGCUCUGCUGAAAUCUAUCUGGGAAGCAAAUUCAUUUCCUAAUAAUGAGCAUUUAGCAUACUUUCACAAUACAGUAUAUGAGCAAAAUCUUUUCCCUUUGAUUUUAUCUUAACUUUAUUUUAAUAAUGCGUUUUCCAGGGUACCGACUGCUUACAAUAUUUACCAAGUUAAUGAAUGGACAACGAAGGGAACAAAAUGUCUAGAAAAAAUAUCAACUAGUUUUAUGUAUAAUAUUGGCUUUUAAAAGGAAUAGAAGUAAUUUCUCUAGUUAUAUAAAUAUUUAAAAUUUUAAACUUUUUCUACCUACUGCUGUUUAGAGUUUUAAGCUUGGUCUAUCUCAUACUUUAAAGAAAAAAAAGACAAAAAAAAAAAUUACAUACCUACUUUUCUGAACUCAAUGCCAAUGUUAAAGACACUGUUUCCAGAAGUUUUCAGGGCAGUAUAAUUUUAACCAUUCUGGAAAAGUUACAGCAUAUCUUCAUGUUUCAUUAAGCCUUUUCCAAAUUAGAGUCCUGUGACAGUGUCCAAUUUUAAGUCUUUCUUGCCCAUUAAAAUACAUAAUGCUGAAUUUAUCAUUCCUUAAUAACUAGUGAUAUAAACUAGAUUAAAUCAUGUUACAGAUAUUUGUGUAGUGUCUUUAAAAAGUCAUAAAACUCUCUAAUCCCAGCAAUAUUAUGAAGAGAAUUGCUUAGUGAACGUAGUAGAUUUACACUUGAAUUAGGAUUUGCUUCCAGUAAAUCUUUGCUACACCAGAUAAGAACAGGGCUUUUUUUCUCCUACGCUCUUGAGCCCUUCUUAGCAAUGACAGAUGAGCAGUGGCAGAUGAGCGAUGACUGAAAAUGUUGGAAACCAAUUUUUCCAUAGCCAUAGUUACACAGGAUGAGAAGGUUUCAUGGUGCAGGGGGGCUGCCAGCAGCUCAUUCCCUGGGAUGCAGAGCUGGAGCUUGACCAGGCUCACCUGCAGCUCCCCAGCCUCACCAAGACCCACCGGGAGAAGAGACAGGGCAGGAGAUGUGAGGGGCUCCUAUAAAUCUCUAUGCAAAAUAAACAAGCAAACAAACAAGCAAACAAACCAACCUCUGCAAGGCUUGGGGCAGACAUUCAGUGAGCUGAUUUGUGCACAGCCUCCACUGCUCCCGAGCGUGGCACUAAAUGACCAUCUCGGUGCGGGUGCGUGGUGGCAGAGGCACCCAAAAAGGGCAGGUUUUGUCCCGGUGUACACAAUGCUUACAAGGCUCACUUGCACUAUUGCCUUUCGCCUGUAAUGUUCUGUACAUCAAGAGGGCUGGGGGCACAAAAUGAGGCAGAAGGACUGAAAAAUACCUUACAGCUCCACGCCUAAUACACGUGAACGUUGUUUUACGUCUGACAUUGUGUCACCACCUGGGAGGGCAGCAGUCCUACCAGGGACAAGCAGAGAGCAAAGUAGCAGCAAACCAAUACCCUGCAUUAGCAGCUUGGAAAAGAGAAUACCUUCAUGUACAGCAGUUUUGUUUGUUUGGGGUUUUUUUUUAGUUAGAACUGCAGUUGCCAUAUGAUGUCUUGGUUGCAUUUUGGUUUUUCCGGGGGAAAAUGAUUCGCUCUUAAAACUGAAAGGCACUGCUGUAAACAGGACUUACCUGUGGGCUAGCUGGAGGCCCUGUUGCAGAAGGUGCAUUUUGUUUUUACGCUAUGGUGUGCAUGGUUUACAGAGACUAGUUGCAUUUUCUUUGUGUAUACUGUUUAUUGUAUAUAGGGGCAGUACGAAUAUAAGGAUACGAUUUGUCAUAACCAUAUCAAAUUCUACUGAUUUCACUGUAGAUGCUGUCUUACUGUGUAGAUUUACAGGCCAAUCCACUGACUUUGAUUGUGUAAUUUAACAAUAGAACUGAUAAAUAAAAUUUAACUACAG